AUGCGACCCUGUCUCGGAUUUUUGGGAGUCCAAGCCGACACCCAUCGGGUAUGCAAAGACAAGAGCAGGGCCCAGGCCCGUGCCGACCCAGGGAUCGCCGAGUUGCGAGCUGAGAUUGGGGUCAUCAAGGACGAGCUCCGCCAGGUUAAGGAUAGCCGAGCCGACACCUCAACCAGUCACGGCAACUCCGCCGGUCGCAUGGACGCAUUCACCUUGGAAAUCAUCUUGGAGCCUCUCCCCCCACACUUCAAGAAUCCCACACUGGAGACGUACGACGGAAGCACUAACCCCGAUGACCACCUGGAAGGUUUCAGAGUGCUCAUGAUAUUGUACGGCUAUUCCGACGCCUUAAUGUGUCGAACCUUCCAAGCUACCUUAAGGGGGGCUGCUCGUCGUUGGUUCUCCAGUCAUCCUCCUCGAUUAAUUAGCUCGUGGGAGCAACUUACAAUCAUGUUCCUCGCCCGCUUCAUCAGCAGUAGGCGAUGCCAGAAGAGAGUAGUCUCUCUAAUGUCGCUCAAACAAGAGUCAGGUGAAAGCUUGCAGUCUUACAUCGAUCGCUUCAAGAAAGAAGAGCUCGAAGUUCGAGACCUCAACCCUAUAGUCUCUGUGCAUGUGGCCAUCAACGGGCUUCGCCCCAGCUCGGCUCUCAAGUGCUCGGUGGCCAAGACCCCACCGAAGACCAAACUCGAAUUCUUCAAGAAGGCCCAGAAAUACAUCGCGGCCGAAGAGGCUUCGGCCAGGGACAACCAAGAAGGGGCAGCCGAGUGCCACGAUGGGCCCCUGAAGAAGAAGAGGAAAAGUGGAGACCAAUGUCCCCCUGACAACAAUGGCGGCAAAGACAACAAGAAGCCCACCACCCUGGCCUAUAGGGACUACAUGUCACUCAACUCUACCCGCACCCAGAUUCUGAUGCAAACAAGGGAAGAGAAGUUCAUGAAGUGGCCAAUGAAGUUGAAGCGGAACCCCAAGAGGGGGAACCCUACGAACUACUGCAAGUACCACCACGGCACCGGACACAACACCGAUGAUUGCUACGAUCUAAAGAAUGAAAUAGAGUCCCUCAUUCACUAA